AUGUUACAGGAAGGUUUCGAAACGUUACCAUCGAAUGCGCAAAUUGUUUUAAAUGGACGUCGAAUGUAUCUCAAUGAGGCUACACUUCUUAAUGAGGGUCUUUACCAGUGUCGAGUUCGAAAUAGCGCUGGUCAAAGCAUUAAAAAUUUUGCGCUAACUGUUUUAGCACCACCAAGUUUUCGUGAUAAAAAGUACGAAACAAACAUUCAAAUAACAUCUGGUACCGCAUUAUCGUUAACAUGUUAUGUAGACGGUCAUCCACCACCAAAUGUCCAGUGGCUUCGCGAUGGUCAGAUACUAAUCGAAAGUCAUGCUUCAAUAAGUGACCGAAAUCAGAAACUAGUCGUACAGCACAAUGAUUACGCUAAUCACAGGUAUACGUGUAUUGCGAAUAACAAGGCUGGCAGUAUAUCACGUGAAUUUCUUGUUCAGAUGAUAGCUCCUCCGACAAUGAUUGAUUCUGAUGAUUAUGGGCCAAUUGAAGUUACCGAAGGAAAUGCAAUAACUUUGGAAUGUCCACUAUCCACCCCAAUUAAUAUUAUGGAUAUAGAAUGGCUUAAAAAUGGACGUCCAAUAACGUUGGAUAAUACAAAUAUGCAAAUUUCGUUGGAUAAAACUCGAUUAGUAGUGGUAAGUAUCCAAAAGGAAGCUGAAGGGACGUAUACCUGUGUGGCACGAAAUUCAGCUGGUCAAGCAACACGAGAAUUUGAUGUUACAGUCAUUGUUCCUCCAAGUAUUACUGGCAAAGCAGUCGAGCAUAUUUCAAUUGUGGAAAAUGAAUCGUUGGAACUUGAAUGUGACUUCGAAGCAGAUCCCAUCCCGGACAUACACUGGUCUAAAGAUGGCGUUGAUGUUGGAGAUGAUGUACAGCUUUUGAAUGAGAAAAGAACUGUAUUGAUACCAUCGGUGAAUUCUGAAAGUGGUGGAAGUUAUCGUUGUGGAAUUAUCAACAAAGCUGGUCGUGCUGAGAAAACAUUCAAUGUACGCGUUAUCAUGAAACCUGAAUUGGAAAAUGCUAAUGUAACAGCAUUAAUCGAAACACUUAAACAUCGGCCAGUAAGUCUUGAAUGUCCACUACCGGUCACUUCGGAUGCCGAUAUCUCAUGGACCAAAAAUUCUGUCCCUCUUGCUCCUGGUUAUAGCGAUAAUAUACAGAUUUUAAAUGGUGGGCGACAAUUCGUUAUCUCUGACGUUCAGCCGGAUGAUCAAGCAAUGUAUAGUUGUGUGGCACGUAAUAAAGCCGGUGAAACAAGCAAAAAUUAUAAAUUAUCAGUGAUCGCGCCACCAAUGAUUAUUGGCAGAGGUGGGCUAUAUAAAGUGAUUGAAAAUAAUUCUUUGGUUUUACCAUGCGAAGUUGAAGGCGAGCCAUAUCCAACCAUCACUUGGAUUAAGGAUGGUAAGCCAGCGCUAGAACUUAAUUCAGUACAGACGCUUUCAGAAGGACAACAGCUUAAAAUUGUGCAGGCUGAUGUGGAACAUCGUGGAUCUUACGUCUGCCUAGCGCGGAAUAAAGUUGGCCAAGCGGAAAUUAAUUUUGAUGUGGAUGUCAUAACUCGUCCUGCAAUUGCUGAAGAUGUGAAGAAAAUAACUGAAGUGAUACGGAACGAUUCGGUUGUCAUCCAUUGUCCAAUAAUUGACAAAAGAUUUUCCGACGAAGUCACUUGGUUAAAAGAUUACCAGCCAAUAAAAAUUGAUGGAUGGAAAUAUGCAAUGUCCCAGCUGAGUCGUAAACUUCAUAUUAAUCGAGCUGACCUACGUGAUGAGGGAAGCUACAGUUGUCAUGUCAGGAAUGAUGCUGGUGAAUCAAGAGUUGACUACAAGCUAAAUGUUCUACUUCCACCGGAAAUACUAAUUCUAGAUAAGGACAAGAACAGAACAGUAAUCGAGAACAGUGCAGUUACAUUAGGUUGUCCGGUAACUGGUAAACCGGAACCAGUAGUGGAAUGGUUUAAGGAUGGUGAACUUCUUACGCAAUUCAAUAUUACGAAAAGAAUAGAUACAGGAUAUCUGCAAGGUAAUGACCUGAGAAUCGAACGCGUAGAAGUAGUAAAUUCCGGUCGUUAUACAUGUGAAGCAAAAAAUAAGGCCGGAAUGGUAGAACAAGACAUUCUCUUAUACGUCAUGACGCCACCAAAAAUAGAACGUGAAAGGAUACCUGCAGAAAUUGGCGGUAAAUCACAAAGCGCUCUGACAAUUAAUUGUCCAGCAUACGGUCGACCAACGCCUACAGUAACAUGGUUAAAAGCUGGCAGGCCGUUUUAUCAUGAUUCUGACGUUUACUUAUCUGCUAACGGAAUGAAAUUACACUUUUUGAAUUUGAAAAAAAAUGAUGUUGAUCGUUAUACUUGUAUCGCACGAAAUCCAGCUGGUGAAGAAAAACACGAUUUCGUCGUAAAAUUAUUAGAAGCACCAACGAUCGAGGGACCGAAUAUUCUGCAUCGCAUGCAGGUGAACGAAGGUCGAACCGCGAUUAUUAAUUGUCCAGUAUUCGGUAGUCCUGAACCAACCAUUGCAUGGCUUAAAAAUGGACAACCAUUGGGAACCGGUAGUCGUCAUGCUGUUCUGAAUGGUGGACGACAACUUGAAAUAAGCGAUACUUCUGCGACCGAUGAUGCAAGGUAUACAUGUAUAGCAACAAACGAUAUUGGUUUAGCCGAUUUGGAAACCUAUCUUCAAGUCAUCAGAAGUCCAGUAAUAGGUGGUGAUAAGCAGGAAUUAGUCGAGGUGUUUGUCAAUGAAGCAAAAGAUUUGUUUUGUGAUGUUUCGGGCACUGAACCAAUUGAUAUCGAAUGGUUACGUGACGGGAAAACUAUGGAAUUUGUGGGAGAGUCACAUCCUGCAACCAGCUAUCUUCAGGCUUCCUCUCGCGGUCGAAUUUUGCAUAUCUUGUCAGCACAGAUCUUAGAUACUGCUCGAUACGUUUGUAUUGCGCAGAAUACUGCGGGUGAAGCUAAGAAAAUAUAUGAUUUGCAUGUUUUGGUCCCACCAAUCAUCAGCGAAACCUCCUCCUCACCGCCGUUGCAAACAAUAAUUCCCGGGACUGGCUUUACUUUGGAAUGUAUAGUUCAGGCUCUUCCUGAUGCACAGAUCAUAUGGACCAGAAAUAAUCGUUUGAUUCAACCGGAUUACGAUUUAGCAUUUCUUAAUAAUAAUCAGACGAUAUGGAUAAACGCUGCACGUGAAGGUUUAGAUGGACGUUAUACUUGUACAGCAACAAAUAAAGUUGGUCAAGCAACUCGUGAUUUUAUCAUCAAACUUACUGCUCCACCGGUCCUUGAUCGUGAUAUCCAGGAAAUGGAGGUGGUGGUAGGCGAAUUCGUCAUUCUAACUUGCAAAGUACUUAGUGGUACUGGAAAAUUGGUGGACGAUCGACGAAUUGAAAUUCGAAAUGCACGUUUGAGCGACUCGGGUAGCUAUGUUUGUGUAGUACAAAAUGAAGCAGGAGAAGCAAGAAAAACAUACGAGCUUAUUGUACAUGAGCCACCUCGCUUUUUGGAUAUGACCAAUUUAAAUCCAUCAAUCACUGUUGGAAGGCCAUUACUGCUGGACUGUUCAGUAACUGGUACACCAAAACCAGUAAUCAUCUGGACAAAGGUUAGCCUUCAAAAUAUUUGUCCUUACAAAUUCUCAUGGGAUUUGAAGCUUUUUUUUGAUUUGAGUGACCUUCAAUAA